AUGGUAAUAGGGGACGUCAACAAAGGUGGGAUCAGACACAAAACUCGCAUUACAAAUCCCCAUCAAACAGACCCCAAACAGGUUAUUAUAACCAAUACCAAAGUCCUGGGAACCAGUUCAGAACUAAUAGGUCACAGUGAUGAAAAUCUAUAUACAGGAGAACAUAGAGAACUGGUACAGAAUAUUCAGCCAGUGGAGACCCCAUCAGACGUCUCUGCAGAUCUAACAGGUCACAGUGAUGAAAAUCUAUACACAGGAGCACAAGGAGACCUACAGAAUAUUCAGCCAUCAGAUGUAUCUGCAAAUGACAUUAAUACUGACGUAGAUGUUAAAGCAGAAGAUCUGAGUGUAACGUGUCAGCUGGCAAUUAAGGAAAUGUGUGACAGUGACAAUGAAGGUAAAAACGAUGCUAAGAUUUCAUGUAACAAGGGACAAACAAAAGAUCAGUGGCUAAGAAAUGUCCAACCAUCAGAGCAGGAAAUGUGUGCCAAUAUAAGUACAGGUGAAUUUACAAACUGCAAUAAUCCUAGUCAUGAUCAGAGUCCAAAUGCUUCUUUAAAUCUUCAAAAUCAAAGAAGCCACAUGGGAAAUUUAUGUACUGAAUGUGGGAAAUGUUUUCUUAAGAAAUCACAUCUUCUUAAACAUCUAAAAAUUCAUACAGGAAAAAAGCAAUUUUCCUGUCCUAUAUGUGGGAAAUGUUUUAACUGUAAAAACAUUCUUGUUCCUCAUCAGAAAAUUCAUACAGGGGAGAAAGGAUUUUCAUGUUCUGACUGUGGAAAAUGUUUUACUCGGAAAUCAACUCUUCUUAUGCAUCAACAAAUUCAUACAGGGAAGAAAGCAUUUUCAUGUUCUGACUGUGGAAAAUGUUUUACUCGGAAAUCAACUCUUCUUAUGCAUCAACUAAUUCAUACAGGGGAGAAAGCAUUUUCAUGUUCUGACUGUGGAAAAUGUUUUAUCCUGAAAUCACAUCUUAUUAGGCAUCAGAAAAUUCAUACAGGGGAGAAAGCAUUUUCAUGUUCUGACUGUGGGAAAUGUUUUACUCAGAAAUCACAUCUCAUAACACAUCAGAAAAUUCAUACAGGGGUGAAAGGAUUUUCAUGUUCUGACUGUGGAAAAUAUUUUACUCUGAAGUCACAUCUUAGUAGGCAUCAGAAAAUUCAUACAGGGGAGAAAGCAUUUUCAUGUUCUGACUGUGGGAAAUGUUUUACUCAGAAAUCAAAUCUCAUUACACAUCAGAAAAUUCAUACAGGGGUGAAAGGAUUUUCAUGUUCUGACUGUGGAAAAUGUUUUACUCGGAAAUCAACUCUUCUUAUGCAUCAACAAAUUCAUACAGGGAAGAAAGCAUUUUCAUGUUCUGACUGUGGGAAAUGUUUUACUGUGAAAUCAGCUCUUAUUAUGCAUCAGAAAAUUCAUACAGGGGAGAAAGCAUUUUCAUGUUCUGACUGUGGGAAAUGUUUUACUCUGAAACAAACUCUUAUUAGGCAUCAAACAAUUCAUACAGGGGAGAAAGCAUUUUCAUGUUCUGACUGUGGGAAAUGUUUUACUCUGAAAUCACAUCUUAUUAGGCAUCAGAAAAUUCAUACAGGGGAGAACGCAUUUUCAUGUUCUGACUGUGGGAAAUGUUUUACUCUGAAAUCACAUCUUCUUAGCCAUCAGAAAACGCAUACAGGAGAAAAGGCAUUUUUGUGUUCUGACUGUGGAAAAUGUUUUACUCGGAAAUCAACUCUUCUUAUUCAUCAAAAAAUUCAUACUGGGGAAAAAGGAUUUACAUGUUCUAAAUGUGGAAAAUGUUUUAUCCUGAAAUCACAUCUUAUUAGGCAUCAGAAAACUCAUAUUAAAAGAAAUCAGAGUUUAACCUUCUAACUGAAGAGGAAUAAUAUGGUAGUUGUCACCCACACAAUACCAAGUGCUGAUGACUGCAUGUGACCCCCUGGGGCCUGCAGUU